AUUGCCCAGGUCCGAGCUUCCUUCCGGACUCGCGGGGGGGGGGGCGUCCUCCUGUUUGUCCGUCCGGGCUAUCGCCAUGAACAGCGUGGGCGAGGCCUGCACGGAGAUGAAGCGGGAGUACGACCAGUGCUUCAACCGCUGGUUCGCCGAGAAGUUCCUGAAGGGGGAGGGCGGCGACGGCAGUGGAGGCGACCCCUGCGCCCAGCUCUUCAAGCGCUACCAACUCUGCGUCCAGAAAGCUAUCAAGGAGAAAGACAUACCCAUUGAAGGGCUGGAAUUCAUGGGCCGCAGCAAAGGAAAAUCUGAAAACUCUUCCUGACCAUGAUGGCAACAGAAAAAUUAUUUUGAACAUUAAAAAAAGCCAAAUUCUAAAUCUUGUUGCUGUUGAACAAGGACUCUGCCAUCUGUGCAGAUGGUGCAAUUCAAGGACUGUUCUCCACAGCAGCAUCUGCCUCAUGGAGCCAGGAGCCAGUUUCAUAUCUACUGACAACUGGGUGUGGCUUUUUUUUUAUCAUCUGUGUAUGUGUGUGGUGGGACUCUGUUUUAUAGAUGAAUGUAUUUCUAACAAAGGAAGUAGGGAGAACUGUACUCCUGGUUUAUGAUCAGCUGAUUCUUUUUGUUUAGCUAAUCUUAACUGUAAAUGUUAAAAUGAAGGUCAGGGGGUCAAAUUGGUAUGUUAAUCAAUGUGUCUGGUUGGGUUUUUGUUUCCUUAAAUCUUUUCUGUUGAUCAGCUCCACUUACACAGAAAAUUCCUCUCUUUAGGGUGUAGUUAUCGAAGGUUAAAGGAUGUGGCUUUCAACCAAAAUUGUGUUGGAGAAAUAUUGUACCUUUCUCUGAGGAUGACAGGCUCAUUCUAUGUAUGUUUGUUAAGGUAUGUAAGAAGUCCAGUUUUUCCCUCCCAUUCACAGGCCAGAUGUAGAAGUUUCAGGGGUACGUUUCCUAUUUUCCAAAGGGGAGAAAGGGCACACUUCAGACUGACCUUCCACUGGUUAGAUCUGACCAGGAAGCAUAAGAAUAGACACCCCAUAUUUUUUAUUUUCUUUUAAAGGAGGUUGAGUAUUAGGUAUAACAUGUUAAAAAAAGGGCAGGUUUCAGGGUCACUCAAUGAAAGCCAGAUUAUUAAAAUGAGUCAGUUUAGUUUUUAACUUGUUACCUAUAUAUAACACUGCUGAAAAAAAUCUAGAACUGAAGCCAAGUAAGUAGCUGGAAUAAGCAAGUCUCUAUACUCAUAAUAUCUUGCUAGACUAGCUAAAGUGUGCAUAUUCAUCAUUCUGAGGCAGCUGGGUUGAAACUCCUCAGAACUAGGAAACUGCCAGCUCCAUGUGGGAAGUUCUGGGUUUGCAAUAUGAGAAACUGGCCUGCCAUCCAUCUAUUGUAACCAGUCACGACCUUGAUAAAUCCUUUUGCUGCAGAAACUAGAGCUUUAAUUGAUUUUUUAGUCCAUGAGCUUUAGAUUGUGAGCCACAGCAGAUGGGGGCUUCCCCUGAACCCCAUCAGUUAAGUCUGCAUUUCCUAUAAACUUGGAAAGUUUUUAGAAAAAUGCAGUUUGUUCAAAUUAAAAUGUUACAUUUGGCAGCAGGGUCACCUGCACAACCUAAUGGAGAAAUCUACAAGCAAUUUCUUGCAACUCUGCUGCAAGUGUGGAAGUGUUCUUGCAAUAGAAAGUGCCUUCUAACAUGAUUAAACAGCUGUAUCUGUUCUGCUAUGUGCAAUAAUGGGAAUUAAAUACAGAGAAUAAAAUUAUAGAACUGGA